AUGACAUCCACUGGCUUACUGAAGCGCCUGCGCGCUUUCUCCACCUGUGAUAUUGGCGAUGCCCUUGUCAAACUCGACUAUCCAUAUGGUGGUUUCCUUGAUGGAAUAACCAUGUGGUCGCCGCAUAUGCGCUCUGGCUCAACCAAGAUCAUGGGGCCAGCUGUGACGGUCAAGAUGGUAGAUGCCAACAACACAAUCGCUCCCAAACCGCCGCGUCACUUUGCCGAUUGCAAUACGGUAGGUGGCAUAAUGUACAUCCAGCAGCCCAAGGGUCUUUAUUCGGCGUGCUGGGGGGGCUUGAUGUCCACCCGGGCCAAGUACCUCGGCGCUGGUGGUGUGAUUGUCGACGGUCGUGUAAGAGACAUUGGAGAGCAUCAAAACAUGCAGUUCCCAGUAUUCGCGCGGGGCACCUCUAUCUUGGGGUCCAACACAUUCACCAGAUCCUCCGAGAUCAAUAUCCCGCUUCAAUUCAAGAAUGACUUGUGGAUCAACCCAGGCGACAUUUUGGUCGGCGAUGCGGAAGGAGUAGUGGUUGUACCUCCAACCCUUAUGGAGAAGGCCAUCGACCUAUGCCAGGAGCGCGCUGACAUCGAUGAAAAGACCUUGGCAGCACUCCGAAAGGGUGAUGAGAUGGGGCCAACCAUAGUUAGACUACGAAAGUAA